AUGGGCUGCAACAACGGUAAGCAACAUGAUGAGAAGGGAAAUAAUAAGAAACAAUCAACUAUUCAAAAAGUAUUACGUUUUCAAUCACGUCGAAAGUCCAAUCCACCACGGCCAGUAAGUUAUGCAGGAAUAGAUCAACAUCAUGAACAACAUCAUGUUUCAACUCGACCUUUAUCUAUGUUUGAUGCUCUACCAACACAUGAUUUAGAAAUAAAAACAUCAAAUUAUGAUGUAGAUAAUCAACAUCAGACAAUGCCCGAGAGAAACAUAUUGUCUCAUUUGACAUCAAGACAAUUAUCUGAAACAACAGAAUCAAUAAUAUCAGUUAAUUCUUUCGAUCAGACAACUGCCAUUGCACGCUAUGAGCAACCAUAUCAAAAAGACGGCGAUUUAUUUAUUAUCGACAAAUCGAAUGAAACUUUAAUAGAAAACAAUCAAAAUGAUACUAAUUCAUAUGAUGAAAAUGAUUGGAAAUAUUAUACACCAUUAACACUUGAAAAAAUUCGUACAAUACCUAUACUAAAAGAUAUAGUAUAUCAUUAUAUUAAUAAUGAAUUUUUUCAUAUAUUAAACCGUUUACUUCGACUUGAAAAAAAUGACGAAAAUGAAGAAUUUCUCGAAUGGUUUUUUGAUGAACUUGAAUAUUUAAUGCAUUCAUUAGAUGAUAAUAAUCAAUAUGAACAUAAGUCUUUACUUUUAAGUGCAAUAGAGCAAGAUCGUUAUGAUUGUAUGAAAUAUCUUUUAGAACGUCAAUUAUUGACAAGUAAACUUGAUAUAAAUAUAACAAAUGAUCAAGGUCGUCAUUGUUUAUUAAUGCUUGCACAUAGAAAUAGUCCGAUUGAUUCAAUAAAAUAUUUAUUAACUCGUCAUCUAGCAUGUCUGGAUACAAAUAAACUCGAUCUAAAUGCAUUUAGUUCCUUACACCAUGCAUGCCGACAUUUUAAUUUACCUCUAUGUGAAUUAUUACUUCCACAUACAAAUAAAAAAUUAUUACAAAUGGAAAACUCUGAAUUACGUACACCACUUGAUUAUUGGAUUGAAUGUUUAUGUUCAUUAAAAAAAUUAAAACCAACAAACAUUCAUCCUCAGUCCGGUACAUUAUGUCUCGAUUAUUUACUUAAUGAUGCUGAUUAUCAUUGUAGUAUUUUAUUUUUUCAAAAACUUAUUAGUCAUGGUGGACAAUUAACAAAAAUUCCAUUACGUUAUAUACGUUCGGUUUUACCACAUUUAACAUUUGAACAAAAAUUAUCAUAUGUCGAUCAUCAUGUUAAUCUUUGUUGUACUUUAUAUAAAAAUCGUUUAUCAACAUUAAUACGUGAUUAUGAUAAUUUAAAAAUCAGUAUACAAGCAGGAGACAUUUUAACAGAAUUUAUUUAUGCAUUAGGUAUUGUACAACUUGAAGUACAAACUCGUUUAGCAGCACAUGCUUAUUCAAGUGUUUAUGAAACAGCAAUACAACAUAUUUAUCGUGAAAAUAAUUUAGAAAAUUCUAAUAAUCAAUUAAGAAUAAAAGAACAGAAUACUUUACAAUCAACUAUGCGUAUGCUUUAUUUUAAAUUUUUUCGUUUAUUUCAAUGUAUUUAUAAUAAUCCAGAUGUUAAUGUAAAAAAUUUUCAUUUUGAACAUAUAUUUCGUCGUGUUUGGGUUUAUUGGAAAGAACCUGUGAAAGCAUUUAUUGUACAAUGUAAAGAAAAAAAUUCAUCAUUAAAAUCUCUUUGUCGAAUAUUAUUAUUUAAACGUUUAAUUAAUUAUCCAGCUGAUAUUCAAAAUUUACCAAUUAAUUUAUCUUUAAAACAAUUCGUUGCAUUUGAUAAUCCGUUUUUUGUUGUUGAAAAAAAAUAUUAA